AUGUCGAGCAAGUACGCAUUCACAAAGGCCCUCAAGGAGGUGCGCUUCCUCUUCUGCCAGACGGGCGAGCACAGCGCCGCGACCCGCAACUUCGUCGCAAGAGCCUACCCCACGAUGAAGAAGAACAACCCCCAGACUCCCAUCCUCAUCCGCGAGGCCGCCGGCACGCUACCCAAGAUCUACGCGAGAUACGAAUUCGGCGUCGAGAAGAGCCAAUCACUGGAAGGCCUGUCGGACAAGCAGAUUGAGGACACAGUUACGACCCUGGUCAAGAACGGCGCAUAA